CAUUUCUUACUCAAUGCUCACCCCCAACGCUCAAAAUUCUCUAGGAACUCAGUAUAAUAGAUCCAUAUUAUACGAUUUUCUCAAGAUCCCACUUUAUUUUCGGAACCCUAGUCCCAGUUUUCUGAUACUGGAAAUAAUUCUUUAUGGCCGCCACUGAAGAACCAGUUGUCCUCGUCGACCCUGUGGCCGAGUCGGCCGCUGCUGAACAAGGCGUGGAAGAGAAUCCACCGGCCAAUCCUACCAAGCCCAAGAAAGAAUCCAAGCCGAAGAAACCUGCUGCAUCCAAAAAGCACAAUUCUCCAUCUCAUCCUCCUUACUUUGAGAUGAUUCAAGAGGCGAUCGUGUCGUUGAAGGAGAGAACUGGAUCCAGUCAACAUGCGAUUCAGAAGUUUGUUGAGGACAAGCAGAAGAAUCUGCCGGCUAACUUUAGGAAGCUUUUACUGUUUCACUUGAAGAAGCUUGUGGCUUCUGAAAAGCUGGUUAAGGUCAAGAACUCAUACAAGCUUCCACCGGCUCGUUCGUCUUCUUCAAAAUCUACUGCUCUAGCUAAGAAGAAGCCGGCUCCUGCUGCCAAGCCCAAGGUUGCCACCAGCAAAACCACUAAGGAGAAGAAGGCUGCUCCUUCCAAGGCGAAAGCCAAGCCAAAGGCAGCUCCUUCCAAAUCCAAGGCAGCUGCCAAGGCUAAACCUGCUGCCAAGUCUAAGCCAGCUGCCAAAUCCAAGCCGGUUGCAAAGCCUAAGGCGGCUGUGCCGGCUAAGUCAAAGCCAGCCUCCAAAAGGAAGGCCCCAGAGAAACCCAAAGCUGAGAAGAAGCCGCUUGCGAAGGCAGCAAGGACAUCAACAAGGACAACUCCAGGGAAGAAGGCGGCUCCGGUGCCUCCAAAGAAAGCAGCAACUCCUAAGAAGGCGGCUCCGGCAGCAAGGAAGGCCCCAACAGUGAGGAAGGCUCCGGCUAAGGGCAUGAAGCGAACUGUGAAGUCUCCGGCGAAGAAAGCAGCCCCUGCAAAGAAGGGGAAGAAGUGAGAAUUAGGGAGAGGGCCUCUUUGAAAGAGUUGUUUGUUUGCAGGGAUAGUUUUGUAAAUUUAUCUUGGAUCCUUUGUAGUGGGUGUAUUUGCAUCUUUAGCCCACAGAAUAUCAUAGAAUUAUCUCCCCCCUUUCAUAUAAAUUUUUUAGAGUUGUUUUUAAUUGAUUUUUAGGUUUAAGGGAUUUGAAACAGUGCUCAGUUGUACUUACAUGUUCAAAUCUAUUAUGAAAUGAAUGAGUAGAGUUCUCUAAUUUUAUGCUCA